AUGGGCGACCGAAUUUGGAAAAUCAAGAUCGAUCCCUACGAUCAAGUCAUUGCUCUAACACAGCACAUGAUCAAUGAAGGCAUUAGCAAUCUCUACACAAAGCUGGAACGUGGCCAAGAGGUUGAAGGAGCUGUCAAGCCCAAACCCGGAAACGUUUAUGCAGACCAGAACAACUGGGCCAAGAAUGUCAUCUUUGGUGAGCCAUGUGUCAUUGUACAGCCUGACUACUCCAAUGUCCGAAACGUCAGGUUUCGCAUCGCUAUGAAGACGGGCAAGAUACAGCUUUACAGCUGGAAGAUGAAUGAAGAGACGGGUGAGCCCGUCAUACAGAAGCUACUCAUGGACAUUGACGAUUGGCAUGUAACUAUCCCAAUCGAUGUUGGCUUCGUGGCAUUGGACACAAAGACGAAGCGAGGCAAGGCAGUGGCCGAUCGCAGUGCAGCCAAAGGUAAACCUAACCAUUCCAUCAUGGAACUACUCCUCGACCUGAAGAGCAUGGCAUUGGAGAAUGCAACCUGGGAGUUUGGUGAUUGGGGAGAGGAUGAUUAUCUCUAUGAUGCAGAUGAGAACCCGACGCGACCCCCUGGGUGGAAACUUGACUCGCCUCGGGAGUUUAAUCAGUUGAAUCCUGACUUUCAAACUACUAUGAGCUUUUGCUUGCAGAAGAUCUCAAACAAUCUGAUGCAAUCUAACUUGACUUCUAUGGGCUUUGCUGUCAUAGCACCGGAUAUCAACGCCCGGGCAACGUUUGAAGUCAACAACGCCCGAUACAUGACCUACCCAUGGACAAACCCAGACACCAACAUUGGCGUUCCAGCAGGUCUCGACGGCGACAGCCGAUUGAACUACCUUCUUUACCUUGAGACGGUGGGAUCACACACGCCACCUCUCGACUCUCAAGCGAAUGCGGUUCUGAACACACGCAUGGGCAACUGGACUGAAGGCCGGAAGCCAGGAACAGACUCACACUCCAAGUUUGGCACCUUCGUGCUGUCACGAGCCAACUUUAUGGAGUCUUUCUUGCUUCCAAAGCUGUCCUCAAUCAACCGAAUCAUGUCUAUGGAUAUAUCCGAGGUCAGGUGUUGGGCAGAAGACCAUUUCUUCACCUACAAAUGGUCAGUCGGUGCUACCUUCAGUGUCGGACUUGGCAAGCCUGAAGAUGACAAGACUGUCUAUGCUUUGAACCGCAUAAACUACACGAUGAACAACGACUGGCAGCAAGACGCCAAGGACUUCCUCAACAAUUACACUGGAGAUCCAGGGAGUGGAUCCCAAGUCUGGAGAUACCAAGACAUUGAAUGGGGCAAUUCUGCCAAGCACCAGUACACACACAAGGGGUCUGUUGAAGUCUGGAUGAGCGGGGACACCAUUACUUUUACCAGAGCCUACACAACCGCUGGAUCGAACACUAUAGUUUAUGAAGGAGGCCAAUGGACCAAGUUUGAGUAUAAAAUAGACCCAUCCGUUGUUGAUCCCAAUAUCUACGGAAAGCUCAUUGCCGAAACCAAGUGGGCUAUCAAAUUCCAGAUGGCAGAAACUACCGACGGUGGUAUGCAGUUUGAAAUUGACGUUACCCGACCUACAACAGAGUUCAAGGGAAAUUACAAUGACUCCAACAGCCUGAAAGCUCUGAAGAGUAAUCUCGAGAGUCGCUACAAGACUGCAGGCGAUAACUUUGAGUGGUAUAUUAACUCCAUUCGUAACUGUCUCCAAGGACAAGAGAGGUUUACACUUCCGGCCUCUGGUGUCUACUUCUUCAGUAGUCCUGUUAUGAAUGCACAGGGUGACCUUGUCUGUGGCCUAGAGUACAAUGGGAACCCAACGCUUGGGGGAACUAUCAACAACGGCACUACCACUGUGCGCGACGAGAUCCCAAGGGGAGACUUUGUCAAUAUGCCGGGUGAAGCGAAGUUUAGUGCUGGAGAUAGUCAAACCAGUAAACGAGAGAAGGACGAAAAGUGA